ACACACGCAGCAUGAUGCAGCCCGUGUGCACCAGAUCAGGUUGUCCCGGAUUCUCGACGCACCUUUCACAGGACCCUGACUACGAGCAUGUUUGUCUCCAUGGCAACAGACCCGGACCCACCCAACGCAUGCAGGGGCAGCAACGACACGGAGUGGCAGCGUGACACUCUGCUGGCCGCAGCAGAGGUGACGGUGCUGACCGUCAUCCUUGUUCUGGCAUUGCUUGGCAACGGCCUGGUACUGGUCGUGCUGCUGCGGCGGAGCCGGCGGCGCCGCAACCCGCUGCAUCAGUUCAUGCUCAAUCUCUGUCUGGCCGACCUGGUGGUGGCGCUCUUCCAGGUGCUGCCGCAGCUGGUGUGGGACGCCUGGGGACUCUUUCCUGGUCCGGACUUCCUGUGUCGCUCAGUGAAGUACCUUCAAGUGCUCGGGAUGUUUGCAUCCUCUUACAUGAUCGUCGCCAUGACGAUAGAUCGCCAUUAUGCCAUCUGCUGCCCCCUGCUGGCACACCGCAGCUGGGCCACCCACAGAUGGAACACCCUCAUACUGCUGGCCUGGGGGCUGUCAUCAUUACUCAGUGUACCACAGGUUUUCAUUUUCUCCCGUUCAGAGGUGGCCCCGGGGGUGUACGAGUGCUGGGGCCACUUUGCCGAGUCGUGGGGCCUCAAGGCAUACGUGACGUGGAUGACGUUAGCCGUGUUUGUCGUCCCUGUCCUCGUAAUCGCUGUGUGUCAGGUGCGAAUCUUCAAGGAGAUCCGCAACAAUCUGUAUCUGAAAUCAGAGCACCGUGCGCUGUCUUCCUCAUUUCCUCCCUCCAGACGGGACAUCCAGAGAAGACGAGGACGCGGACAAGAAGGAGGAAGGUCCAACUCCUCUCUUGAUGCUCCACCAAUCACUUUCAACAACAUCGUACCCACCAGCCAGCUUCACGUCGGACCUUUCCAUCCUGACACACAUACUCACAUGGCUUUGCAAACAGCGGACCGCCAACAGCCCUCUACUGUCUGCGCUGCACCAAAAGCCAAAGUCUCCACUUCCGGGGUAGCAGGAAGAGGAGAGGUGAUGGCGGCCAUGUCCAAGACAGUCAAGAUGAGCGUGGUCAUUGUGCUCGUCUACACGCUGUGCUGGGCCCCCUUCUUCAGUGUCCAGCUGUGGGCAGCCUGGGAACCCCACCCACCCAAGACUGGGGCAACCUUCACGCUGCUGAUGCUGUUGGCCAGCCUGAACUCAUGCAGCAACCCGUGGAUCUACUCGGCUUUCUCGAGCAGCGUGUUACCUGAGCUACGUGGCGUGCUGCUGUUGCGUUGCGGCAAGGACACAGAGCAGCGCAGAAGCUCCCUUCCCAAUAACGACUCCACUGCCACGCACACCUCCAACUACUGACGUCAACCAUCGGAUGCUCUUCUGCCACCUCAUAGUCACCCACCUCCACGUCUAGGUGAAGAUUCAAUAAAUGUGAUACUGAAGCACAGAUUAGUUUUUCUUUUCCACGUAGUUGCAUGACAAUGAUACUUUGUCACCAAUGAUUGAAUGUCAUUUAAUAGGUUUUACAUGAAAUGUUUUUAUUUUUAUUUGAACGGGGCCUUACCUCCCCAGCACCCCAUUUUUAGUCUGACAAUAGAACCAAUGAUACAUUCUUUUAAAAAAUACUUCACUCUGCCAUCAUAAAAAUAUCACAGUUAAACUAAUUAGUAUGACAAUUGAAAACAAAACACAGCCUGUUUUCCAGACCCUUCAGAAUGAAACACUGGAAUGCAAAAAAAACCAACAAC